UUCGCUCCACUUUUGAGGCGCUCACAUUCAGUUCCUCUCCGUGCUGACGGCAAGUGGAGAUAUCGGCAUUUUAUCAACCCGCGGACCCACAUUCGUGAGGAACGAGGGUAAAAAAAAAAUCCCCUCUCUAGUCUUUUACCUUCAUUGCGACACCUAAAGAACUGCACCGGGAUGUGUUUUUUUUUUCUUUUUUCUGAUGAGACGACGGAUUGUGGAUUAAAACUGCAUUAGGGAAAUCAUAUGCUGUUUUACUCUGCGAAAUAGUUGGACCGAAUCAUGUCGCUGUCACAAAUGUUUCUUGCUUGAGCUUUUCCUUCGUUUGGAUUGUAUUUUUCCCUCCUCCUGCCGUCAUUAGUGGGAGAUGCACUCUGGAAAUUUAGGAAAUGGCCAAGAGUAUUGGAAACAGAGCUUCAUGCAGGAUAUAGACCAACCACUGCACCAGGCUUGAUUUAUCUGUGGACAACCUGACGCAAAUGCCUCCCCCACCCCUGCCCCGCACGUAGCCAGGAUGGAAAGCUACGUUGUCAAUAGGAUGGGACCUGAUGAAUAGCUGGUCCUUGACGAAGAUGUUGCUCGGAUCCGUGUUUAAGUUCAUGUGGGAAUACUUGCCAUGCAAAGAGGCUUUGAGAUUUUUGACAGCUUCGCUCUCGGAACAUCUGGCAUCUUUGGUUUGAUAGUUUUUUUCGUGCGGUUGGAUAUAAACUAGUAGAGGGACUAGCGUGAAUAGGAUUGAACAUGCCCUUCCAACAACCAAACCACCUGGGCGGCAUCUGGCGGGCCAUGUGUCCGCGGCUAGGCCUCAAGGCUUGCCUAGAUCUGCCAUUCUUGUGUUGGAUAUUAGGCUUGACCCUGCAUGCCCAGCUUGCGGCCUCACAAAAACUGGACGAAACGGAUCCCAUUGUCACUACAACUUACGGCAAACUGCGGGGAUUCAAAAAAGAACUCAACAAUGAGAUCCUUGGGCCCGUCAUCCAGUUCCUGGGUGUCCCCUACGCAGCACCUCCCACAGGUGAAAGGCGCUUCCAGCCGCCCGAGCCACCUGUUUCAUGGUCAGAUAUCCGUAACGCAACUCAGUUUGGCCCCGUUUGUCCCCAAACCCUGUUGGAGGGCAGGCUACCGGACGUUAUGCUGCCGGUUUGGUUCACCAAUGGCAUUGAAGUGGUGUCAUCCUACGUACAGGACCAGAGCGAAGACUGCUUAUUCUUAAACAUAUAUGUGCCAACGGAGGAUGGUCCUCUUUCAAAGAAACAGAAUGAUGAUUUAGCUGAUAAUGACGGUGCUGAGGAUGAAGACAUUCGUGAAAGCGGGAGCCCCAAACCUGUGAUGGUUUUCAUUCAUGGAGGAUCGUACAUGGAAGGAACAGCAAAUAUGUUCGAUGGAAGCAUCUUGGCCAGUUACGGCAACGUCAUCGUCAUAACCGUAAACUAUCGGCUUGGUGUGCUCGGUUUUUUGAGCACAGGAGACCAGGCAGCCAAGGGAAACUAUGGACUUCUUGAUCAAAUCCAGGCCCUGCGCUGGACGAGUGAAAACAUUGCUUUCUUUGGGGGUGACCCUUUACGCAUUACUGUUUUUGGGUCUGGGGCCGGGGCCUCAUGUGUCAACCUGCUGACUCUUUCCCAUUAUUCUGAAGGUAACCGUUGGAGCAAUUCAACCAAAGGUCUUUUCCAAAGGGCCAUAGCCCAAAGUGGCACAGCCUUGUCCAGCUGGGCUGUCAGCUUUCAACCGGCCAAGUAUGCCCGCAUGCUGGCCAAAAAGGUGGGGUGCAACCUCAAAGAUACAGUGGACAUGGUGGAGUGCCUACAGAAAAAACACUACAAAGAACUAGUGGAGCAGGACAUUCAGCCUGCUCGUUACCACAUCGCCUUUGGACCUGUCAUUGAUGGUGAUGUCAUCCCCGAUGACCCUCAGAUCCUCAUGGAGCAAGGGGAGUUCCUCAACUAUGAUAUCAUGCUGGGCGUCAACCAAGGCGAGGGGCUAAAGUUUGUGGAACUCAUUGUAGACAACGAGAAUGGAGUUCAAGCCAACGAUUUUGACUACGCCGUGUCAAGUUUUGUGGAUGAUUUAUACGGUUACCCCGAGGGGAAAGACAUCCUGCGGGAGACCAUUAAGUUUAUGUACACUGACUGGGCUGACCGCCACAACCCAGAGACCAGAAGAAAGACCCUGCUGGCACUCUUCACAGAUCAUCAGUGGGUGGCACCAGCGGUGGCAACAGCAGACCUUCACUCCAGUUUUGGCUCGCCUACUUAUUUCUACGCUUUUUACCAUCACUGCCAGACGGAACAGGUGCCACCCUGGGCUGAUGCGGCACAUGGCGAUGAGAUCCCAUAUGUGUUCGGGCUGCCCAUGAUUGGUCCAACUGAGCUUUUCCCCUGCAACUUCUCCAAAAAUGAUGUGAUGCUUAGUGCAGUGGUAAUGACCUACUGGACCAACUUUGCCAAGACCGGUGACCCCAACCAGCCAGUUCCACAGGACACCAAGUUCAUCCACACCAAGCCUAACCGUUUUGAGGAGGUGGCCUGGACACGUUACAACCAAAAGGACCAGCUAUACUUGCACAUCGGCUUGAAGCCCCGUGUCAAGGAACAUUAUCGCGCCAAUAAGGUCAACUUGUGGCUGGAGCUGGUGCCUCAUCUCCACAGUCUCAACGAGGUCACCCAGAUCAUUUCCACCACCACUAAGCUGCCACCACCCGAGGUCACUCCCCGUACACCAAAGAAGAUCCCAGUCAACACCAAGAGGCCCUACCCUACACCGUUUCCCACUGAAACACAGGAAAGCCACAACCAGAACCAACCCUUCCUAGAGAACCAACGGGACUAUUCCACCGAACUGAGCGUCACCAUCGCCGUCGGUGCCUCGUUGCUCUUCCUCAACAUAUUGGCGUUCGCCGCACUCUACUACAAGAAGGAUAAGCGAAGGCACGAGGUCCACAGGCGUUGUAGCCCACAGAGGACCACAGCCAACGAGCUGCCCCAUACACAAGAGGAGGAGAUCAUGUCUCUACAAAUGAAACACAGCGACUUGGAGCGGGAGUGCCGGGAGGCCAUGCACCCUCACGAGGUGGUCCUGAGAACUGCCUGCCCACCUGAUUACACGCUCGCCAUGCGCCGUUCACCGGACGACAUCCCUCUCAUGAGCCCGAACACCAUCACUAUGAUACCCAACAGCAUUCCAGGCCUCACCUCCUUACACCCCUUCAACAGUUACUCCAGUGGACAGAAUAACACCCUGCCCCAUCCACACCCUCAUUCACACUCCACCACUAGAGUAUAGCCACACACACAUGUUCUCACACACAAACACGGACAUACACACACACACAUACACUCCCACAGAUGUGGAGUACAGGUGUGAUGACGAACAGAGGUUAUGGCACUGGGGUGAGAAAUAUCUUUACUCCCGGUGCUCAGAGGAACAGGAAAUAACAAUGCUGGUUUUUGUUCCUCGAGAGCAAAACUAUCGUUUUCUAUUAAAGCGAAAAACAAAAAGACAAAAAAAAACAAAAAUAAAUAUUUCUGAUGUAAUGAAAAACCGGAGAUGAUUUUUUACCCUUAUAUUGUGACAAAACCAGGACCAUUUCCUGGGGACAACUAUCAGUCUAGGAUUCUUUGAGGAAUGGUUUGAUUCGGUUACCCGGAGAGGAAACGACGGAAGCACAGAAGAGAUGACGUGUGGGAGGCCCUUUGUAAACAAAAGGAAACAUAUUGUUUUCCCGGGGCGCUGGAUUGUAGAUUACUCUCUUCAGAGCAGAUGGGAGAUGCUGCUUACCCAAUUUAGGCACGUGUUCUCCUUCUGGUGGAGAAUGUGGAAUACUACGGGAAAAAGGCGAGAAUGAGAAAUCCUCAAGAAUAUGCACAAUAGAGACAUUCACUGAAUGUCUUUUGAAUUCUUUUUGUCAAUUUAUUUUUGGGGGAACAAUUUUAUUGUAUAGGACGUAUUUACAUAUCUAGAUAUGUACACAAAGCACCCAUGCUCUUUAAGCCCUGGCUGGGGCCGUUGAUACUGAGGAAUCUGCCUCAAGAGCGUAGCGGGGAAUUUAUUGGCUUCCUGGCAGAUACAGCUUCAUCACACAAGUGCUGUCUAUACUGAAACUGGUGGACUCAAAGGAAGGCUGGAUAUUUUUAGCACGAUGCGCAUGACAAUUUAUCUGCUUGGUGGCUGUUCUGCUGAUUAAGUCAUUAUUUAAAAAAAAAAAAAAAAAAAGUCAUUUUCCUCCCCAUUUGGAUUUAAGGAAAUACUGCUCUGAUUGGCUCACGGGAGGAAUUGGAAUAUGCUGACCAGGGCGGACAUGAUGGGUUCUGAAGACAGUGAUGGGAAGGGGUGGGUAUACGCUAACUAGAUUGCGUUCACAAAUAGCUUGACUGAACCUGGUUAUAAGGACUAGUUUUGUACAUGUGUGUUGGUAAAACUUUUUAAUAGUGGUGAAUCACUUGUUGUUUGAGUUCCCAUGUGUGGGACAUUAAUGUACUUUUUGAUUUGCUCAUUGGUCUCAGUUAUAAUACAUUCCUUUAUUAUUUUUAAGUUCAUUUUCACCUCUUGCUAAUAGUCAAACCACCCUACCUUAGAAAAUUUCUUAUCUGUAAUGUUUGAUUCUCAUUUCUUUGUUUUCGGUAUUUUAUGAGGCAGUCCCCCACGCAGCUUUGAACAACCAGUGACCAAUGCAGUACGACUUUGAGACUUGCGUUGGUAUCCUCUCAUCCAGAACUUUCUGUGAUUCUCCUGAACGAUCAUCACGAAUGAAUCCCACACUGGAGACAGGAGGGCCCCUGAUGAAAGAGUGUAUUAAGGGGGCUUCUGAUGUUACGAAGCCCUUGAUCAUACCGCUUAAAGCUAGCUAUAGAAAGAAAGGAUACAGAGAGACCUAUGGAGAAAGUGAAAAGGAAACUUUUGUCAUUUCUUACCCAGAGAUAAGUGCAAGUCAGUAGCCUCAGUGCUAAAAGCCAGUUUCACCUGCAAAUCUCUCAGUAAUUGCUAGUUUUAUCCAUCCUUGAUUAUUUUACUUUUCUCAAAGCCUUGUUACAGAGCAUUCUACAGUACAUACUAAUGAUCGACACCAGUGAAUCCCAGGCUAAAGACAGGAGGACCCCUGAUGAGACAGGCCUUCUGAUCUUAAGAGGCCAUUGAAGCUAGCUAGAGAAAGAGAAUCGAGAAACAAGAUUAAUUGAUUUUCUCAGAGCCUUGUUGCAUUACAUACCACAUGCUAAAAAGUCCUGGGAUGCUAACCCGUUGUUCCUUUUUUGUGGAUAGUCACUUCAGGGUGUCAGUUCCUGUGGUGACAAUUUAGAUUUCUUGUGAAUCCUUUUUUUUAAUCCUGGGAAAUUUGAUUGAGCGCAAACAUCAGUGAAAGCUAAACUUCUACAUAAAUAUCUACAUUUCUUUUUCCCCCAGCAUGUAACGUAUGAUUAUAGAAUAACAGCAAUAGAUUGGUGAUUUGGUUCUCCCAGAUCAGAGGUCCUCAUAUUUGCUUUUGUGCAAACUCUCUUGGUCAACAACCCCAAGCUAAUGCUGUUUCCUAACCAGACAUGAUAAAGUAAAAGCUAUUUUUUUCUUUACUGUAGUAUUGAAUUUGUCCUAGCCAGGUUAUUUUGACAUUCAUUUCCAAAAUCCUGCUCCAUGUAGCUAGAUAUUAAACAUCAAAUAUGUUUGAUUGGCUGCGUUCGCACAAAAUUACUUUUAGGAUAUUGAGUGAGAGACAUUAGAAGCCAUUUUACUAGCAGUACAGCCUUUCACAUCUCAAGGUGAUUAAUUAAUAGUUGGUGUGAAAAAACACUGAGGUCAAGCACAGGCUUUUGGGAGUGAAUGCUUGAGCCCUGGUGAAUAGCUAGUGGCAAAGAACUAAUGAGGGACGAGGGAAGCCAUGGAAGGGAACAAGAUUGAAAGAAUCGUGCUACUCUUCUCCAGAUCAGCCAACUUGUGACACACAUUGUUCCCAACAACAUGUUCCUGUUCAGAACACAGUCUCCUGUGGGCUUUUCCUCUCUGCUCUGCCUUCACCUGUGACAACUCUGCACAGUACAAACAGGCCAGGGAGAGCGUCACUUCUCUGUAUGCCAGUCCCCAUCUGCAGGUAUGCAUAUGCAAAGUCAGCCUGCCCAUGUGUCCCCCUGCAAAGGAGGCUCCUUUGAACGAUAUUAAAAUUUAAUGAACCGUACACCAGUGGGGCGCUCAGAGGAUUCAUCUUGUGCAUGCACAUGUUCCAAGGAGAGAGAUGGGAUUCAUCUGUAAUUGCAAAGAUCUCCACAGCUCAGUAUGUUUCUUCACACAUAUGCACAUACACUCGCAUACACACAUGCCAGGACAAGCCUUGUAACUGAAUGUAAUGCAAGACUGAGGGCCAUUUUCUUACAAACAGCAACCAAAUUUCAUUGUGUUUAUUUUCUACUGGCUGACCUUGAAAGAAGAUCAAAAUGGCUGUUGAGAGCUACAGAGGGUUGUUGUGAUGUAGAUUAUUUGUCAUUUUGUCUUUCUUUCUGGUUAAAUAGGAUUUAAUCUUCUGGAGCACAAUAAAUGAUUUUAUCAAGCUCAACUUACAUCGGUCUUUCUUUGCCAAAAGGGUUUUUAUGAUAUCCAGACUUUUGCCA